UGUGAAGCUCUAAUUGGCUUAAAGUGGCGUCGCUGCGUUGGAGCCUCAUUUUUAACUUUUUUUUGCUUACAUGGAAAAUUAUAUAUGUUAAUUAUUUAUAACUGCUCAGCUCAUGUAUUAUUCAUGUAAGUGGAGGCGAAGGAAAAAAAAAAACAAUUCCCCGCAUUAAUUUCAGCGUAGAGAAACAGAUCUAUAUCAAAUUUCUGCUAAAUGAGGUCCAGUUUGGCGUUAAUUUUAGCUUUGGCAUGUCUUCUUUUCGCAUGCAUUACAAUCGGUUCCGCAAAGAAAUCUGGGGAUGUGGCGGAUUUGCAGAUCGGUGUGAAGUACAAGCCCAAGAUUUGCGAUGUUCAAGCUCACAAAGGCGACAAGGUCAAAGUACAUUACAGGGGAAAGCUAACAGAUGGAACCGUUUUCGAUUCCAGCUUUGAAAGGGGGGAUCCAAUUGAAUUUGAACUUGGUAGUGGUCAAGUGAUUAAAGGGUGGGACCAAGGACUGCUUGGGAUGUGCUUGGGAGAGAAAAGGAAGUUGAAAAUUCCUUCUAAACUUGGUUAUGGAGAAAACGGAUCCCCACCUACAAUUCCAGGAGGUGCGACCCUCAUUUUCGACACCGAGUUGGUUGGAGUCAAUGGGAAAAUGUUGACCAAUGAGAAAUCAGACAAUGAACUAUAAAUGCGGAAGAAUAGCUAAGGUCCACACUGGGAUUGAUGAGUUAUGGGUAGUAGUAGGUUUUCGAGCUUUCUUUAUUUCUCCUUGUUGGUGCUUUUUGUAACAUCCUUUGAGAUCCAUUAUGGAUUGAUAAUUGUGUUUUAUGUUUUAUGGAUUACUGUUCCAAACUUGUUCUAUUUUAUGAUAAUGGUGAACAUUUAAUCAGAGCUUUUUAGAUUGAUCGAAUAUUGGCGAUUCUUGUGAGUAUAUAUGCUUUAGCUGGAAGUGAUUGUGGGAGUAAAAGGAAGAAACUGUCUAAUAAACACACAAAAAUGUUUGGCGAA